AUGACAGGAAGUUUUAUCGUGCAUCUCCUCAUCCUCACUUUGAUAGCAGAGUUUAUUGAUGUGAGGGCCUAUCCAUGGGGCUCUGACUCCCUUAUACCCUAUCCAUCCGGUGGGUCACAGAUGAGUGAAAGAUUUCAGAUCAAGCAACAGUCGAACAAAGUGAACGAUCCGCCCGGUAGACCGAUCACGCGUGUGAAACCUGUAGCCGUGACUUGCCACGAGAGUUACAUGGAGAUUGCGAUUAAGGUUGAUCUAUUUGAGCUUGGUUUACCGGUGGAUGCGUCAGAGCUGCGGCUUGGUGUUGACAGUCAAUUAAUUCCCGCAUGUAAAGUGACGGCGUUCUCCUCAAACGAGUUCAUCAUUGCAGCUGAACUGACUGACUGCGGCACUCAACACUGGAUUACAGAUGACUCCCUUAUUUACACAAACCUCCUCGUCUUCUCUCCGCAACCCACUCCAGAUGGGGUGAUUCGAAUGGAGAAUGCAGUUAUUCCUAUAGAAUGCCAUUACAGCAGGAGGUUUAACCUAACCAGCAACCCCAUCAGGCCAGCAUUGAUUCCUUUCAAUUCAUCACAAUCCACAGUGGAGGACCUGCAGUUUUCACUAAAGCUUAUGACAAGUGAUUGGAGCUCUGAACGGGCCUCUGGUGUGUACUUGCUGGGUGAUAUUAUAAACCUGGAAGCCUCAUGUCGUCUAGAUCACUACGGCAACCUCCGUAUUUUUUUCGAGAGCUGUGUUGCGACGGUGACUCCUGAUUUUAACUCUGUCCCCAGAUACACAUUUGUUGAAAAACCUGGGUGUUUGAUGGACGGAAAGCUAACUGGCUCAAAAUCCCGUUUCCUGCCACGAAUCCAGAAUGACAAACUCCAAAUGCAGCUGGAUGCCUUCAAGUUCCAACAAGAGAAGAGGACAGAGAUAUACAUCACAUGUACCCUUCAAGUAUACCCAGUAAUGAAUGAAGUUAACCCUGUUCAUAAAGCAUGCUCCUUCAUCGAUGGAAGCUGGAGCUCUGCAGAUGGAGAUGAUUGGGCUUGUUACAGUUGCCAAAAACAGAAUUACGCUCCGUCCUUCCGUUUCAAGCAGGAACAAUUUGGGCCACCUGCAGCUUCCAUAACAGACCAGACCUCAUCUACCCACAGGCCCAGCAAAUUCCAACCCAGGAUUCAAAACAGUUCUGGAAGAUCCUCAGACAUCCUCCAAACACCAAGUGAGCCUGUUCUUCCCUCCUGGAGAAGUAUAAUUGACCCUCAAGAGGAGGCGAGUGGAAGGAGUGCUGGAUGGGAACAGGAGAAAACUUUGGGUCCUCUGGCCAUCUUUCCAAAAACUGAUAUGGGAUUUCUGGCUCCACCCAGAGUGAAGGAGGGUGUUCCGCAUUUUCCUUCUCCCAGUAAAGCCAAGAAACCAAUGCCUCAUAGCAGCCUAUGGAAAAAUGGUGUCACUGAAGAGAUGGACACUGAAGGUGAUGUAACUAGUCUUCCAACUUUGGAACCCACUGAACAUCCCAAUGUCACUGCAAGUGAGGAUGACGACGAGGAGGAUGACUACGAGGAGGAGGACCGUAAUUACAAUGAAGAGGAAAAUGGAGAUGUAAGAGAAGCUAUUGAAGACAUGUGGAAAACGAAAGUCUUGCCAGAAAACGAUCUGGAGGAGCUCUUCACAACUCCCACCUCUAUGACUGAUGAAGACUAUGGAGUGACUGCGUGGAGUACAAGCUCUUCUCUACUAGAUGAUGUGGAGCAGACUUCUACACAUCACUCUUAA